AUGUUCAGACACGCCAUCGCUACCUCAUCCCGCGCAGUGCGCUCCAGCCUGCGAACCCAGACCCCCAAGUCUGUCUUCCAAAACCAGUUCCAGACCUCCCCGGCCUUCAGGAUACGUGCUGCGCAGCCCGCUGUCGCAAGAUGGUACAGCGACGCCAAGGAGGAGAGCAAGACUGAGGAGGCCAAGGAGACCAAGGAGGGUGAGAAGGCCGAUGAUGCCGAGUCCGCCCUGAAGAAGCAGCUUGAGACCAAGGAGAAGGAAGCUGCCGACUGGAAGGACAAGUGCCUGCGCACCAUCGCCGACUUCCGCAACCUCCAGGACCGCACGGCGCGCGAGGUCAAGCAGGCGCGCGACUUCGCCCUGCAGAAGUUCGCCAAGGACCUCGUCGACAGCGUCGACAACCUCGACCGCGCGCUCUCCAUGGUCCCCAAGGAGAAGCUCAACGCCCCCGAGAAGACGGGCGACCUCCAGGACCUGGCCAACCUGUACGAGGGCCUCAAGAUGACGGACGACAUCCUCAUGACCACCCUCAAGAAGCACGGCAUCGAGCGCGUCGACCCCGAGGGCGAGAAGUUCGACCCCAACGAGCACGACGCCACCUUUAUGGCCCCUCAGCCCGACAAGGAGAACAACACUGUCUUCCACGUCCAGCAGAAGGGCUUCAAGCUCAACGGCCGUGUGCUUCGCGCGGCCAAGGUCGGCGUCGUCAAGAACGCUUAA